GGGACCUUCCCUGGACGUUCUUCGCGAACCAAAGCUGUUAGCAGCGUUAGCUUAUUGUUCGGUGUGUGAGGUGAACCUCUGAGGCUCUGCAGCAACAAUGUCUUCAUCUCAGUCUCUGAGAGAGUUUAUCAGAGAGCGGCUAACUGCUGCUGCUGCAGAAAUAUUCUCCGAGUUUGAACAAACCAUCGUCCGCUACGAGGAAGAGAUCGAUCGUCAGCGCAGACUGCUGGAGAUCAGCUGGAAACCACAGAUCAACUUACACAGAAUAGAACUCCCGCUGCAUUAUGUCAGGAGAGAUGAGGAGGUUCUGACUGACCAGCAGCUCUGGAACCAGGAGAGGACCUCCAGUUUGGACCAGGAACAACCAGAACCUUUACAGGAGGAACCAGAACCUCCACAGAUGAAAGUGGAGCAGGAUGAGCCAGAACCUUUACAGAUUCUAGAACAAGAGGAGCUCAGCAUCAGUCAGGAUGAAGAGCAGUUUGUACUGAAGCAGGAGACGGCUACCUCCCUUGUGACUCCUGCUGAUGAGGAAAGAGACCACGAUGAACCAGAACCAGACAGACACCAGCUCCUUUAUUCACUGUUUCCUGAGGCUGAGAACAGAGCUGCUGCUCCUCCAGGGUCAACAGUCUGUCCAGAACUUCCACAGCAUCAUGUCUGGGAAAAGGAGGUUCUGACUGACCAGCAGCCCUCUAACCAGGAGAAAACCUCCAGUUUGGAUCAGAAGGAACCAGAACCUCCACUGAUCAAAGAGGAACAGCAGGAACUCUGUAUCCAUCAGCAUGAAGGGCAGUUCAUUCUGAAGCAGGAAAAUGUUACCUUCAUGGUGACUUCUCCUGAAGAAGCAGACUGCUGUGAACCAAACAGGAACCAACCCUUGAGUCAGAGUUCUACUGAAGCUGAGCACCAAGAUCAUCAUGGAUGCAGGAAUAAAAACUCAGAACCAAACAGCAAUGAAGAACUGAUACAAAAUAAAAGACAGCAGCAAACCAAAGAUCACAGAGACAGUGUAGACAGUCAGAAACUAAAGAAACCCAAGAGAGUUCACAGAGGUACGAGAUCAUUUAAAAUCUGUUCUUUACGUCAUCAAAUAAGAACUCACACAGGUGAGAAACCAUUUAGAUGUGGUACUUGUGGUAAAUGUUUCUCACGGAAUAGUUCCUUGAUUAAUCACAUUAGAACUCACACAGGUGAGAAACCAUUUAGAUGUGAAACUUGUUAUAAAUGUUUCUCACUGAAUAAUACCUUGACAACACACAUGAGAACUCACACAGGUGAGAAACCAUUUAAAUGUGGAACUUGUGGGAAAUGCUUCUCACUGAAUAGUACCUUGACUAAACACAUUAGAACUCACAAAGGCGAGAAACCAUAUCCGUGUAAAACUUGUGGUAAAUGUUUUACUCACAGUAGUCAUUUGACAAGACACAUGAGAACUCACACAGGUGAGAAACCAUAUAGAUGUGAAACUUGUUAUAAAUAUUUCUCACAGAGUGGUGACUUGACAACACACAUGAGAACACACACAGGUGAGAAACCAUUUAGAUGUGAAACUUGUUAUAAAUGUUUCUCACGGAAUAGUUCCUUGACAGAACACAUGAGAACUCACACAGGUGAGAAACCAUUUACAUGUGAAACCUGUGGUAAAUGUUUCUCACUGAAUACUGCCUUGACAGCACACAUGAGAACUCACACAGGUGAGAAACCAUUUAAAUGUGGAACUUGUGGGAAAUGUUUCUCACUGAAUAGUACCUUGACUAAACACAUUAGAACUCACACAGGUGAGAAACCAUAUCCGUGUAAAACCUGUGGUAAAAGUUUUACUGACAGUGGCCACUUGACAACACACAUGAGAACUCACACAGGUGAGAAACCAUAUAGAUGUGAAAUUUGUUAUAAAUAUUUCUCACAGAGGUUUGACUUGAUACCACACAUGAGAAUUCACACAGGUGAGAAACCAUUUAAAUGUGAAACCUGUGGGAAAUCUUUCUCUCAGAGUGGUAACUUGACUCAUCACAUGAAAACUCAACACAAGUGAGAUACCUUUUCUAGGUUUGAGCCAUAGAGCGAGAUUCAGCCAAACGUUUUAUUUAAAGGUAAACUAUGUAAGUAUUGAAUAACAGUGACAUCCUGUGGUCAGAUUUGGUUACUGCAGUUUCAGUUUAUGUGGGUUGCCAUGUAGUGAUAGGAAACUAAAGUUUGUAUAUUUUAACAACCAUGAAAUACUAUCUGUGUUUUCACGACCUUUAAAUAUAUAUAUAAAUGUGUGUAUGUGUGUCUGAUCAGGGUUUUUCCUCCGUUCAAAUUUGCGUGGCGGCCGCCUCCAGCUAAUUUUUUGCCGCCCCAGCCUGAUUUCACUCUGCCCCCAGCUAUAUGGAUGUUAUUUUAACUGCAGUUGCAGCAUUGCACCUCUACAGGGGCACUGUAUCAGCAGCGGUGCACUGAAAAGCGCUAAAACCGCUGCAGAAAAAGGAGUUCAAAAAUGGCUUUUCUCGCUAGUUGCUACAUAUCUAUGGUUGGUGCUAUUGACGUCCUGAUUUCCCCCAGGCUCUUCCCUAUCACAGCAGAGCUGUACAGUGCGACAAAAAACUGUCUGUGCGUGUCUGUCUAUUUUUAGACGUAGCACUGGUACAACAUCUUUGAAUUACUAUUUUCCCCAGAACUUUAUUGAACAAAAGUAAGUUACGUGUAAGAAAAAUGCUUUUUACUGGCACACAGUGUGGUAAUCUGGAUGCUGUGGAGGAAAAUAAAGGAACGAGCAAAGGUACAAAGGCAGAACCGGUCCAAAGUUUGGGAUCAAAAGUGCAGCUACACGCAGAUUGGCUAAUGCUAAAGUUAAUGGAUAGCAGUCUCACGAUCAAGUGGCGCACAGAAAAAUAUAGGAUAAUCGUAAAACUAAGACUAAUUUCAUGCUGUCGUUCUUUUCUUUAAAACACAGAAACAGUUUCGUUACCUGUUUUCCCGCGCUACGUUUUGUCUUUGGCUGCAGACUUCCUCAGGCUGACGUUGAUGGUGUCGUCUAUUCCUUCUCCGUUUAUUAGGGCUGGGGGUAAACAAUUAUUUUUAAAACGAUUAUUCUGACGAUUAUUUUAUCGAAUAGUCGACUAUUCUAAUGACUAUUUAGAAAAUUAAUCUAUUGAUUAUUUUUCUAUUGCACAAUUAACAAAAACCAGAAAAUCUCAAAUAAAUUCCUCAAAAAAAUGGAUAAAUUCUUACUGUAAGAGAAUAAACACUACAGGCCUUCCAUUUUGUAUGACACUGCUUUUAUUGUGUUGCGGUUGGUUAUGUUCUGGUGACGUGUAGAACUUGGGAGAGCAGGCUGCUGCCUGAGAGGUGGUAGAAGAUGGAGUGUCUCCAUGCUGCUUUGUUUUGGUCACUUAUGUGCGUGAGGCGAGUGGUCUUACGGGUUAAACCAAACUCAGGUGAUAUUUUACACUAAACCAAAAACCCACAACACUCUAAAUGUAAUAAAAGGGAGAUCUGCACCACAAAAAAGAUGAACUCUAAACCAAAACGUAACAGCUUAUCCCAACGCAAGAAGCUGUUAGCGAAGAUGCUAACAGUAGCUUUACCAACAUUAAGUUCAAGUUACCAAGUUUAAAUAAACCAAAAACACCCAGCAGCAAACAGACCAGCACGGAGGAGAGACUGCUACCACCAAAACAGCUCUCCUCAUGUCUGAAAGAAGCUCCUUAAUGAAGGGAGAAGCGCUCCCGGUGAUUUUCUACAUCUGCGAUAGACACGAAGCAGCGCAUCUGACCCCGGAAGUUGUUGCCCGUUGCCGGGAGACGAAGGGGCAAAACAGGAAAAUAAUCUAGUAGUGGACGGACGUUGUUCCGGGUCUUCGGUAUUUGGCGGAGAUGUUAGUGAAGGCGGAGAAGAGGGCGAACUAGAGGAAAAACAGGCAGAUUCCUCCUCUAUUUACAAACUCCUGGGGAUGCAACAAGUGGGCGCGGUGCGUCGACUUCCGGAUCUGACGUCGACAAAUUUUUAGAAUCGAGUCAUCGACUUCGUCGAGGCUUCGCUACAGCCCUACCGUUUAUCCGCGGGCAGCAGAGGACGUUGUCGCCCUCUGCUGCCCGCUCUCCCCUCUCCGACGAUGCAGUCCCAUUCACGGUCCAUCGUGUAAACUCCAUCGUCCCUGUUCAUGAUCCCACAUCCACGUCUCCUUAUCUCGAUUGCUUUUUUAAUCCAUCUUUUGUAUUUUUGUUGUUCGGUGUUUAUUAUCCUUGUGUUGUCCCAAAGUUUGCAAUAAAACAUACAUAGGAGAAACCGGACGCCAACUCAACACAUGAACAAUAGAACAUAGAAAGGAGUGCGAGAAAGAGGCAAAUCGAAAACACAAGAGCAGCAAAAGAAGAAGCAAAAAGUACAAUAAAGAAGUCAGCUGUAACAGAUCACUGCAUAAGAGAAAACCAUAUAAUGGACUGGGACAACACACGGAUCAUAAACACCGAACAACAAAAAUGCAAACGAUGGAUUAAAGAAGCAAUCAAGAUAAGGAGACGUGGAUGUGGGACCAUGAACAGGGACGAUGGAGUUUACACAUUGGACCACGCAUGGGACUGCAUCGUCGGAGAGGGGAGAGCGGGCAGCAGAAAGCAACAUCCUCUGCUGCUUGCGGAUAAACGGAGAAGGAAGUGACUCCAUCAGCGUCAGCCUGAGGAAGUCUGCAGCCGCAGACGAAACGUAGCGCGGGAAAACAGGUAACGAAACUUUCUGUGUUUAAAAAAAACCCCGACAGCAUGGAAUUAGAACCACAACACAGCAAGAACACACCUAAGAUAAGAAAGACUAAACUCUACAAGCGGAUGAAAAGUCCCCACAAUCCUGCAUUAUUCUGCAUCCUGCAGCGCUAUGGAUCAGAACCGCUGCAGAUACGAGUCACAUUACUGCUGCAAGACUGCUGCAAGUCUGCUCCACACAAGGAGCAGGAAGUACGGCAAGCCUUGGUAGUAUAUAAUUCACAAACGCGUCUAUCUUUGAACAUAAUUUAAACUGGAUUAUUGCCAACCCCUACAUAAUAGACAUGUCACCGUUACAUUGUUAGCAGCAGAAAUUAAAUGUUAUUACCAUUUCCAAUACAAAUGCAUGUUAAUGAAAUGCAUUAUAUUUUACUGGAUAUAUUUAUGUGUUAUUUUGACUAAGAUGAUUGUUAUUAAUACAAACCUAAAAUGUUACUGAAAUAUAGGUCAAAUAUUAAAAAAUAUUUUUAAGUACAAAUAUCAGAUGGAAAAAGGGAACUAAACACCAAUCUAAUGCAUAUUAUUGAGCCUUUUAUAAUAAGAGUCUGUUAUUUCAGCCUGAUAAUUUUGUUGUUUUAUUUCAUAUUUUUUAGCAGCAAACCAGUUUUGUUUCACUUGAAACAUCAAAUGGAAUAUUCUAUUAAUCAACAGAAGCUUAGACUAGAACACGUAACAAAAAAUAUUUUGCCUUUACAAAAGUGAGGCAGUUGAAUGCACAGAGUAUGCAUGGUCAGGAUGGUGCCACCUGAGCCUCAAUUUGAGCCAGGAAAAACCCUUGUGUGUUUGUGUGAACAAGAUGUUUAAAUAAAAUGUUAGAAUAACCUGUGCAUAAAUCAAUGAAUGAAUAUUGUUCUUACAAUGACCCAUUUAUUUCACAAAUCAGUAUGUGUUUGAUUUAACAAGUGAAUCAUUGUUUACACUCAUACACAUUACAUUACUCAUUAAGGUUAUUAUUCUCCUCAGAUAAGAGUUAUAAAGAUUCUCAUUCACAAAGUGUUAAAACAUCUUUGUAUCUGAAGAAGGCAUGGCUUUCUGAGGGAUGUUGGUAAAGACUCAAACGUGUCAAAUUCUGAUUUGCCAAACUUGACCAAAACUCAUAACAUUGUGGUUUACUAAAACAAGAAUUCCCGAUAAUUUCAGUUUCUAGCUGACUCUCGAACCGGCCAAUUCAGGAACAAGCAGUUUCGAGACAUCUCUUUUGACAUACAGUCAAAAGCCUCUUUGCGCACUACAAGCUGACACAGCCAAACGGCUCUUUUAAGAGCCAAACAUCCACCUUGGACGCUGACAAGCAUUCCAGCUUCCUGUUGUGACCUGGAGACAUCUCAAGACCGGACGGGUCAUAUCGGAGCUAAUCUACAGGCUUCGGAUACCUUGGGGUCAAGGUCUACCCAACUUCUGACAGUCUGGAUCUGCUGGGGGUCUCCACAAGGGUAUUGUAGACAUGACAACUUGCAUCUGAUGACCUUUAUAAAUAAACAACACAUUUUUUUGCAA